AUGAAUGUGAAUGCGUUCAAGGAGGACCAUGAAACCCCGUUGAUUACCACAAACUCGUACCGGUCGCAGAGCCCCAUUGCCGACAAGGAAGACCGGCCGAGGCGAGGUUGCCUGCAAAGAUGGCGCUAUGGGUGGAAGAUCACCCUUUCCCUGGCAUCAGCGUCCUGUGUCGUCGUUCUCGCCUUCAAUCUGGGCUUCCUAUCAUGGGCUGUUGCUCGUCAUCGCGUCCACGGUGACCAGGGAGUUCUUUACGAGGGGGAAUGCGACCAUGUACGGCAUCUAAGCACGGGGAUUCAUUUACUCAUUAACAUCCUGGGGACGAUUCUCCUGGGGGCUAGUAAUUAUUGCAUGCAAUGCCUGUGCGCGCCCACGAGGAGGGACAUCGACAAGGCGCAUGCAAAGGGCAACUGGCUGGACGUGGGUGUCCCCAGUUUUCGAAACCUGUUCUACGUGUCUAGAUUGCGGUCAUUUAUGUGGAUAGUCCUGGUUCUCUCAUCGUUCCCUCUGCAUCUUGUCUACAACUCCACCAUCUUCUCUACCACAGCCGCAUAUUCGUAUAUGAUAUUCGCCGGUCCCGACCCUACUAGGCAAAGCGGCCAGCCGAAUAUUACGGCUAAUGGCUUUUCUGAUGAGGUACAGGCUAACCUUAGACAAUUAUACAACAAUGCACGGAAUGGGUCCAGUGAAUAUGAACAUAUGGACAGCUCCGAAUGCAUCAACGCCUACGCAACAACUUAUCAAACAAAAUAUGGCGACGUGCUCCUCAUUCCUCCAACUGACAACGGCACCAAUCAAUAUGCCGUAGUCGAUAGCCAGAGUGUAUUCGAUCCCCCCUCGUAUAUCCCUGGUCCAUCCCUCAAGGACGAUCCAUUCCAGUGGCUAUGCCCCGCAGGUCCGAACAAGUCUUGCAGCUCCUAUGUACCGAGUCUCCAGUCACAGGCUGACGAGGGCAACUGGGUUGUCCAUGUGAAUUCUGGUGACUACCGCGCGAAUUCCUGCCUCGUCCGGAAAGUCCCUGAGCUCUGCAAGUUGCAGUACUCUUUAGCCCUCACAAUAACUGUGAUUGUUGCGAAUGUUAUAAAGGGUGCCAUUAUGCUCUAUAUGGCCAUCACGUCUGCAGAGCCGCCCAUGCUGACCACGGGCGAUGCUGUUUCUUCCUUUCUACACCAGCCGGACAACGUCACCCAGCGCAGAUGCUUGAUUACCCAGAAGCAGUUCCGAAUCUACCAUCACUAUCCUUUACACGGGAAGAAUAUUUUCGAUAAGCCCCUUGCGUACAGUGCAAAGCCAAAGCGAUGGUACACUGUAGUGUCGUUGCCUAGAUGGAUGAUGAUUUCUUUAAUGUGGGCCAUUUCUGCCUUUGCAUUCAGCAGUCUGCUUAUAAUUGGGGUGCGAAGCGAUGGAGGUGCAGCUUGGGCUGCGGAGUUUGGAGCCAUCAACGCCCAAGCCCUAAUCAGAGACGGGGACUGGCCCACGUCUAUCGUCGCCAACACGAUCAUAGCGAACAUUCCGCAACUCAUGUUCUCAGCCCUCUACUUCGCCUUUAACAGUGUUCUGACCUCCAUGGCCUCUGCAGCAGAAUGGAGCAGGUUCUGCCUCGCACGCAGGGGACUCCGCGUAUCCUGGAAUCCACAGGGUAGCCAGCGAAGCAGCUACUUCCUCUCUCUACCAUAUCGCUACGCUGUUCCCCUAAUGAGCUGCUCUGCUCUCCUGCACUGGCUCAUCUCGCAGAGCCUCUUCCUGGUGGGGAUCGACGCUUAUAGAGUAGGGUUUGGCCGCACGCCAGAGCGCGAUGUCAUGACUUGUGGAUAUACCCCUCGUGCAAUUAUAUCCGGCAUCGCCAUCGGUAUCUUCAUGUUUAUCUGCCUUGUUGUUGUGGGUUGCAAGAAGCUUGCGUCUGGCAUGCCCGUUGCGGGGAGCUGUACUUUUGCAAUUAGUGCCGCGUGCCAUCCGACCUAUAAUCCUAAUAACGAGGAGAGCAAACCCGCGGAUCCGCUGGAGGGAAUCGAAUUCAUGCCUCUGAAAUGGGGCGCUGUCCCGGUUGAUGGGCCAAUGGGUCAUUGUGCAUUCUCUGAGAAGACGGUCGAGAUGCCUCAAGACAGGAAUCUGUAUCAAUAG